CCUGAUGGCAAAGUUCCUGAAAGUUUAGUACAACAUUUUUUAAGCCUUGGGCCAGUCAGGGAAAGCAAUCCUAGUAACUCCGUUACUAGUAGUACAUAUAACAGUAAUCUUGGACAGAGAGAUCCGGAACGUCCAGUUAUAUGUGCAUUUAAUUUUCCCGCUGUCGUUUUGACUUUGGGAGAAAGCAGUUGGGAUGAUUUGAAAGAUACAUAUAUUCCUUUGACUCGAGAUAUGCAGAUUAAAGUACGGAGAACUUUGGCUUGUUCGCUUCACGAGAUAGCAAAAGUCAUUGGUCCAACGAAGACAGAAAAUGAUUUACUUAAUGUUUUUACGUAUUACUUGGAUGACAUUGAUGAAGUUAAAUCUGGGCUUAUAGUGCACCUUGCAGCGUUUAUCGAAUGCUUACCACAGUCUACUCGCAACAAUUAUUUGCCAUCGUUGAAUGAUGUUUGGGAUGGAGUUAAAAAUCAUUGGCGAUUAAGAGAUGAGAUCACAAAGCAAAUACCUGCAUUAUGUCGAUUAUUUGAUGAACAAUGCGUAUUAAAUCAUAUAUUACCGCUGACAAUACGUGCAGUUAAAGAUGAAGUAGCUAGUGUUAGAGAAACUGCAGUUGCUAGUUUUCCGGCUCUUUUUGAAGUUAUACGUAAUGAUGAAUCAUGUUUUCACGAUAUGAUAAAUCGUGUGUGUAGUUUUGUUUCUGACUCUGGAUUUCGAGGCAGAGUAGUUUAUGUACAAAUAUGUAGCGCACUUAUUUCUACUGAAUAUUCAAAAACUGACUUUGAGAAGUAUUUUUUACAUGGUUUGGAAAAACUUUCGUCAGAUAAUGUGGUGAAUGUCAGAAUUGCACUAGGGAGACUUGUUGGGGAACUUUGUCAACUAGAGCAAUAUUAUCAAGAUCCGACAACUCGCCCUUCUCAAAUAAUUUACUUAAUAAAUAAACUUGCCGAAGAUUCGGAUGUCGAUGUGCGUAGUUUUGUGUUCCCACUUUUAUCGCCCGAAGAAAGAUCGAAAUUUAUAUCAUCUACCAUACAAGCGAUGGCCGAAAGUGUUGAAAAUGGUAUGUUGCACAUUAAUGAGGAAAGUAAUCAGUUAGAGGUCGUCAGGCCAAAGUCACAAGGGUCUAUUGAGACGACUCCUUUAAAUACAAGUGACAUAUCAAAUUCAACAGAAAUGAAUAAUGAGUUGCAAGUUGUUGAAAAUGGCCACGAUAGUUCGCGG